CAACGUGAUUGGAUGCCGAGAUGGUAGCCUCACAAACUCCCACAAAUCGGUCGAAGUUGGCUGCAAACCUCUGAAGGUCACAGAGGAGUUCGUCUUGAGCUCUCAAUUGCCAUACAUAUCAUUGAAUACGUACCACCGUAGAGCGUGGAGAAGCAACAGAGUGACAGUUACCAGUCACCAACCCAAGAGGCCUCUUUUCCUUCUUCCUCGCCUCCAAACUAAAGCACAGCCAUCCCGUCUCCCGUCCAUUACCGAGCUCCGCUCUUGUGUUGAGUCAGUCUGUCUCCUUCUCCCCUCCCUCUCCCAACAAGUAACGAGCGAAAGUACUGUACCAUGAGACUCGAAGUCCCUCGCAAAGACGGCGACGACUGGAAGAAGUAUCCUCAGUACGAGCUGGAUACUGAUCCCAACCAGGAUGAUAAGGCUCGCGAGAUUCGCCUUUGCAGCUUUUCUCGCCCUCACAUGAGAGCCUUCCAUUGCAGUUGGUGGAGUUUCUUUAUUGCCUUCUUUAUCUGGUUCGCCAUCUCGCCCUUGCUGUCCGAGAUCCGCACUGACCUGGGCUUGACCAAGAAGCAAGUAUGGACGUCCAGUAUCGCUGGCGUCGGAACCACCAUUGGUGUUCGCUUCUUGUUGGGACCUCUGUGUGAUAAGUAUGGAGCCAGAGUGCUAUUCUCGGCGGUUCUCUGCUUUGCUUCCAUUCCCACGGCAUGUACGGGGCUCAUCCGGAGCGCCCGAGACCUCAUCGUUCUACGAUCCUUCAUUGGAGUGGCUGGGGGCACCUUUGUCAUGUGUCAGUACUGGACCAGCCGCAUCUUUACCAAGGAAGUUGUGGGUACAGCCAAUGCACUUGUAGGAGGAUGGGGAAACUUGGGUGCUGGAGUGACGCAACUCGUCAUCGGUUCCUUCCUCUUUCCAUUGUUCAAAGUCUUUUUCGACGAAGACGAAAAUGCAUCGGAGCGUGCUUGGAGGACUGUCUGCAUCGUCCCGGCCGUCUUUGCGUUCACCACGGGAGUGGUGGUCUUUUUCAUCAGUGAUGAUGCUCCCAAAGGAAACUACAGCGAACUCAAGAGACAUGGGGCCAUGCCAGAAGUAUCCGCCGUCCAUUCCUUCGCGAGGGGAAGUUUGAAUUUGAAUACGUGGAUGCUCUUUAUCCAAUAUGCUUGCUGCUUUGGUGUAGAAUUGACCAUGAACAAUGCCGCGGCUUUGUACUUUAAGGAUGCAUUUGGUCUUUCCACCGAGACUGCUGCCGCCAUGGCGUCAAUCUUCGGUUGGAUGAAUCUCUUUGCCCGUGGACUGGGUGGAUUCAUUUCGGACCUCAUCAACUUUCGCAUGGGCAUGAAAGGAAGGAUUGUGAUUCACACCGUCAUGUUGUUUGGCGAAGGUGUUCUCGUUCUCAUCUUUGCCAAUACAGAGUCCCUUGGUGCGGCUAUUGUGACAUUGGUCUGCUUCUCCCUCUUUGUCCAGAGCGCAGAGGGAACCAGCUACGCCAUUGUGCCAUAUGUGGACCCUCCCAACACAGGAUCCAUCAGUGGAAUCGUUGGUGCGGGAGGAAACGUCGGUGCAGUGUGCUUUGGAUUGGGCUUUCGAGAAUUGGAUUACAAAGAGGCCUUCUUAUUGAUGGGACUUUGCAUAUUAGGCUCAGCGCUGCUGUCCUUCUUUAUUGUCAUUCCUGGCCAUGCUGGACUCGUCUUUGGCGAGGACAUGGAAGUCAAUCCAGAGACGGGAAGGCUCUUGAUUGAUGAAGAUGCCGAGGAGAUGGGCUUGGAGGAGGGCUUGGUCAACUCAGAAAACGACGACCGCGAUUAGAUUAGCAACGCAGGGAAACAAGCACAUUUUUGAUGGGACGAUGGCAAUCUUUGUAUAGUAUAUCACAAUUCAUUUUACUUUAGUAUAUCCCAAUUUUGGGGC